AUGAUUCAUGUUCUUCCGGCUACGAUUUGCAGGGUCGCGUCGGCCCGGACAUCAGGCACUCGGAUACUAACACGACCACGUGCCCGGCAUCCUUCUCUCCCAUCUCUCCUUCCCGACGACAAGUCUUUCUGCCAUUUUAACGUUCAACCGUUUCUGAAAAUGUCUUCCACUGGUGUUGCACUGAGCGACGGGCGCGUUCAAAACCGCGUUGAGAACUACACCAAGUUCUGGCAGAAAGAUCUUGCGCAAGAAAGGGGUGCCGACAACGACAAGCGUCUCGACAGCUAUACCGAGGUCGUCAACGGCUAUUACGAUGGUGCGACCGAGCUGUAUGAAUACGGCUGGGCUCAGUCGUUCCACUUCUCCCGUUUCUACAAGGGAGAGGCUUUCCACGCAUCCCUCGCCCGCCACGAGCACUACCUCGCUGCCCAGAUGAAUCUCCGUCCCGGUAUGCGUGUCCUCGACGUCGGUUGUGGUGUCGGUGGCCCCGCUCGCGAGAUCACCCAGUUCUCCGACGCCCAAAUCAUUGGCCUGAAUAAUAACGACUUCCAGAUUCAACGUGCCAGGAAGUACACCAAGCAGGCGGGUUUGGAGAACCAGGUCACUUUUGUCAAGGGUGAUUUCAUGAAGUUGUCGGAGCAGUUUGGUGAAAACUACUUCGAUGCAGUAUAUGCCAUUGAGGCCACUGUUCAUGCACCGACUUGGGAGGGCGUGUAUGGCGAAAUCUUUAAGGUCCUGAAGCCUGGAGGUGUUUUCGGUGUCUAUGAGUGGUGUAUGACCGACAAGUGGGAUCCCUCUAUCCCCGAGCACAAGCGUGUCGCUCAUCAAAUCGAACUUGGCAACGGCAUUCCCGAGAUGCGUCCUCUGAGAAUGGCGCGCGAGGCUCUGAAGACCGUCGGGUUCCAGAUCGAGCACGAGGAGGAUUUGGCCGAACGUCCUGAUCCCAUCCCUUGGUACUACCCACUUGAGGGUGACAUCUCCAAGGCCCAGACAAUGUGGGACUAUUUUACUGUGUGGCGUAUGAGCUGGAGCGGCAUGUUCGUCACCCAUAACGCUGUUCGCAUCUUGGAGUUCCUUGGUCUGGUGCCUAAGGGUACUCAUGAUGUCGGCGAGUCUUUGAAGGUUGCUGGCGCUUCGCUCGUCGAGAGCGGACGCAAAAAGCUGUUUACCCCGAUGUACCUGGUCAUCAGCCGCAAACCUGCCAACUAG